AUGGCAUCUACAAUCAAUGUUAAAGAACUUGUUGAACAAAUGAAACAUCUUCAAGAUUUAAAAUCAUGCCCGGUAACAGAUAAAUUGAUUACCAAUGAAGAAAAUAUUAUAAGAUUCCUUAAAGCACGUAGUUGGGACUUACAAUCUGCAGAAAAAAUGAUGCGUAAAGAUGUACAAUGGCGCCAAGAAUUUCGACCAGAUUUAACAGACUGUAAAAACUGUCACAAUCAACCAGGAACUCAUAGUUUAAGACAGAUAGGAUUUGAUGAAGCUGGGCGUCCAAUUAUAUAUGCAUCAUUUUGUCAAGCUAUUUCAAAUAGAAACAUGUCAAAUGACGCAGUAACUCAUCUAAUAUAUACAAUUGAAAAUGCAAUCAAAAGUAUGAAGUCUGGUGUUACACAAUGGGUUUUUGUAAUUGAUUGCACUGGCAUGACUACAACCAGCUGUCAUCCUCGUCUUGGUUACGAAUGUGCCAAAAUAAUGGCUGAUCAUUAUCCAGAGCGCCUUGGUUUAGCAAUCUGUGUUCAUCCAGGACCUGCAUUCAAAGUUGCUUGGCAAGCCAUUAAACCAUUCUUACCACAGACAACAGUAUCAAAAGUUUGCUUUAUUAGAAGUAAAUCAAAAAUAUUUUCAACAUUUGAACAAUACUUCUCUCCAGAAACGUGUAAUUGGUUAAUAACUGAAGUAAAAUUCAAUAGAUCAAGACAGACAACAAACAAAUACCGACCAUUUUGGUUACCUCCAAAAGAUUCCGAUGAUAAACAUGAUCCUAGAGGUGAUCCGAUAUAUGUUCGUGAUUGGCUUGUACUGAAUCAUCCAACUCAACAUUUACCACAUCCAAAUAUUGUUGAUUAUAUGCUUGGAUGUUUAAAUUCACUUAAUUAUGAAAAUGCAUUAUGCUCUAAUCAUCUGGUUGAUAGUAAUUAUGACUUAACAGAAAAGGGAUUUGGUGAUUUUGAAGAACAUGAAAAUGAUGCUGAUGAAGAAGAACUUACUAAAAUGCUUGCUGCAGAAUUACCAAAAGAAUUUAUGAUUCCUGAAAAUGCAGAAAAGUUAACAUAAAUUAUUAUAUUACAUUAGAAUAUUUAUAUUCUGUUGGCUCGUUCUCAUCUAUUUAACACACUUGUCAUUUUAUACCACUAAAAGAUAAUAUACGAAUCAAUAAGAGAUGAGUUCUCAGGGUUAGACAAUGGAAAGUUUUUUGGUAAUAUGGUACUUUAUUUGCAUGUAUUUGGUUUAUUUUUAAAGAAAAAUUAUUUUUUAAUUUAAGUUUUCAUUAUUCCUCAAGUUAAAAUCUCUUCAUUAAUCACUUGAAACUUCGACAAUGAUCAAACAGUUCAGUUGAAACAACAGUAUGUUAUCUAUUUAACAUGAUGAAUAAUCGAAUAUAUUCAGAAAAAGGAAAUGUUUUCAACAAAAUGUCUACUUUUAAUCAACUCAUUACUUUGCCAACAUGAAAACCAACUAAUAGAAACUACUUAACGGAGUAAUUGCCGCGCAAUCCGACCAAUAUAAUCUUUCCAGUGGUACACUGCACUAUUUAAUUACACGACGAGACUAUAAUUUAUGGAUGAAUCAAUCAGGUAUAAGAUAACAGGUCCCAGAUUUCGGUGCAAAAUUCACCCAUCCAUUUGUAUAAAAAGAGUUUUGGCAUUAUAACUGAUUUCAGUUUGUGAUGAAAACCCUGAAUGUAAUUCCUAACUCUAACCAUCAACUGUGAAUCAUAAUUCUAAUUUCUCACACUGGUUUUUAACUCUCAUUUGGUCCUAGUUAUUAGGUCACUUUAGCAUUACUCGAAGGUCGUCCAUGAAUUAUAGUCUCACCAGUUACACUUUCGAGUCAUCUGAACACGAUGAUGACUAAACACUGUAGUAAAACAAUUUAGUGCUUCCUCUUUUAAGAAAUGACUAGGCAAACAUAGUUAACACCAAAUGAAGUCGAAUUCAAAUUUUCUUGUUGUUGGAUGGCAUCAAUGAUAUCCACAUUUUCAACAAGAUUACCAAUCGUAAAUUUGGUUGAUUGAGUCACAGAUGACCACGCGUAGAGCAAAGCUGAAUAGACUAACCAAGUCUGUUUUCAACCGCUUGAAAAAAAAUGAAACGUUGAUGGUCUAUUUUCCAGUACAUCAAAUAAUGUAAGCGGUUCAGUACAAUACUGAUUUCUGGAAUAAAAUAAUUCUUGUCAGAUUACCGAAAUCGAUGAACAUAGACAAUAUUUCAAAAUGCAUGUCAUCUAUAUGGGGAUGGGAUAAAUAUUCUAUAACUCCACCACAAAUUUAGAAAGCGUAAUAACAGAAGAGUUUAUGAAAAAUGUAGAUGCAAUACUGCAUAUAAAUAUUGGCAAUGUACCCACCCCAGUUCGACGGGAAUGGUUUGAAAUCUUAGUUAGUGUCGUGUUCGUGCCUCGAGAGAUAUACUUAACCUGGCUUCCUCUGUGGUGCUAACCGAAUAGGUUCAGACCCUAUCGAAAAGCACAGUUUACUAAAGAAAUUAAGUUAGAGAGACAGGAGGUAAGAACACCUUCACAUAAGCCGUUCUGUGGCAUGGAACCAAUUAUUUCUCGUUGGCUAUACUUGAAUUUGACGAGAUUCGGUGAACUGUUUAACGUUUAAUGAUCUGCCAUCUAACUUACAAAUGAUUCAGCUAGACGGACUCUUGGGCAAGGGUUCAUUGACAUAUUAUUUACCCCAUAACCAAUUAUUUAUGGUAUGGUUUAUUUUUAUUAACAAUGUACAUGCGGUAUGAAUAAAAGUCCUUCAUAAAGAUCCGCUUCUAACUGAAUCCUCAGAGCGUAACCUUGGGCUAGUAACCACCGAGAGUUUAGACGCCAGCUCAAACCACAUUGGAGAUGCAGUCGAGGCAAGCGUGAAUCUCCGCUUUAUGCGUAGCCUACUUGGGAAGACCGCCUCGGAGUUGUUCCAAACUCUCUUUAUAACGUACCCGCGGUCCCACCUUGAAGUUCACAAAUUCAUUUAGCCUCUCUCUCUCUCGAAGAAAGUCUUAAAUCUCUUACAAUACGUACAGAAACGUGCAAAAAAGUUAGUGAUAGAGCUUAAAUCGCACGACAACAAACUUUAACACAUGGGGUUAUUCUGGCUGAGAUACAAGAUAAUAAGAAGUGGUCUGGUAAUCAAUAAGAUAUACCGAGCGAUCUCAACACAAGCACAUUACCAGAUCAUCAUCAGGGUUGGGUACCUCUUUAGAAUGUUUUAAUAUCGAUAUUUUUUGUCUAUCCAAGACGCGUAUGCAAAACUCUAGUGUAGUAUCACAAAUUCGUUCCCCAUCCCUCGCUUCGAAUUGCUUGUUUCAUGUGCAUUUAUCGGGGUACCAUAUGAAAUAUUUGUCUGGUAUUGUUGACGUUGGUAUCGCGCCAAGGGUCAAAGCUGAGGCAGCACCAAUCGAUUGGAUCGUUGUUAACAGUUAGAUAUGUGCUGUUGGAUUAGAAAAUUCUAACAAUGUGCGAAGAAAUAGGUGCGUGAAACGAUGUCUUUUCGUCAUCUCCACCUAUGCUCAUAUAGAUUUAACCCGGAUGCUAUCAAUGAUGAGUUUUACCAACAGUUAACAGUUCUACAGAAAGUUCGUUCGACAGAUAUUGUAGCAUUAGUCCGAGACUUGGAUUCUCAGGUCAGGUGUUUAGGAACAGAAGGGAGUCGUUAGGGACUUGUUGGUUGCGGGUCAGAUAAUGGUGACCAUCUGCUACUACCCGUUCCUAACUAGCACUAUUUGCCGUCCCAGUAAUUGCCGAUGUGCUACCUGGCGUCCUCUCUCUGCGUCUCGAGCCUUGACUCUGACCACAUCAGAAUCAGCUGCCACUGAAGUGAUUGUGUACAAGAGUGCCGCUCAUUUUGAGGCACCAAUCUGGACUCUGGUCAUGUCUUUGUUUGCGGUAGUCCUACCUUACGUUUCAGUGGUUAACAGCUUCAUCGUCCCAAACCGACUGAUGUCAGUAAAUUGGUCACAGCUACUGUUACACAUAAAUACCAAGGCUAGCUACCCUCCUACUAAACAUUAUGGGAGUAAAGUCGCUUGCAGCUUCGCAAAACAUUCAACUUAUGAGCGCCGGGUUUCCUCAGGCUUUUUACAACUCUGUGAAGCCCUUAGGUUUACUCCGAGUGACCUCAAGUCUGAUUACAAUCAAAGACUAUUACAUAAUGAAAUUAGGAAAAACUUGCCUAAGGACUGAGAAGACUGGUGAUCGGAGCGUGCAAAUAAGUUGGGAGCAUCAGUUGCAUCUGGCAACGUCCUCAAGCUCUUUCAACCCAUCUGAGUCACUGGCAGCACGAAGUCUAGUGUGAGCGAAAUAUUCUGUGAAGGUGACCUCUUUAACGAUGAGCAGACCUUUUUAAAAAGCAGUUCAACUGGUCUGUUGCUCCGACAGUAUCGAUCAGACUGUCCUUUCCUCCAUGAUCUGUGACGGCUGAUCCACCUAAUGAGUCGAAAAUCCCUAAGGAACUCCAACUAUUAAGGCGCUAUGCGAAUGAUAUUUUCCUAUUGUGCGACGAUACCCAAGCCAUGCAAUCCGCACUUAACCAGUUGGCAGUCAGUGUCCGUGGGUAUGGAAUGUACUUUGGACCUCCUAAGUGCAAAGUACCUUCGCAAAGCUGUCAGGACCCUGAUCCUGCACUCACUCUAUGCAGUAAGCGAUUUGAAGUAUCCGAGAAGUUCAUGUAUCUGGGGAGUGGUAUAAGUGCUGGUGGUGGAGUGAGUUAUGAGAUCAAUUAACAUAUAGUGAAAGCCGGAGCGGUUUAUGUCAAUUUGAGCAACCUUUGGCGCUUUCAUGAUGUUAGUCUGGUCGUAAAACGUUGAACCUACAACGCAACGGUGAGAGCAGUUUUGCUUUAUACUUGUGAAACCUGGUCUAUCCGAGUUGAGAAUGUUAGACGACUCUCUGUGUCUGGUCAUCGUUGUCUCCGGAAAAUUGUUGACAUCCAGUAGCAAAACCAUGUCGGAAUAUGGUCUAACUCAGCAAUAGUAUAUCUAUCUUUAAUACCAUACUAAUCGAUAUGGAGGCUUUCACGAUGUGACUGCCGAACCUACAAAAUCUUACAUGGAAGUCAUAUCACUGCCCAUACUGACUCAUCCUACAUGAUAAUCAGCAAUACGAUGUUGAGUACUUCUUAUGAACGCACUCCUGAUGGGGAUAAACUAAUACACAUUGAAUAAUCACACUUGUCAGGCAGAGCCAUGUCAUACCGAUAAAUUAGUACGAAGUUCACAAUUCUUGACCUCCCUUUGUGUUACGUGUCGAGUGCAAUUUCAGUAAUUUUAUGUUCGGCUUCAAAGAUCGUGUGGUUAAGUACAAAUAUCUUAUAUUGCAAAAUUCUACACAAUGUGACUUCAGAAAACUGUGAUACUAUAAAAUGUGCCAAAAGUAGAAAACUAGAUCUUCAAAAUAGGAAAGUAUUAGCAACAGAACAAUAAGUUUCAAGAAAAUCACCAUUGCUAUACAAGUCUCUGGAAAUAGUCGUCGCCAAACCUCUGGCCGAUUGAAACUCUGUCACAACUUAAAUAUUUCUCGAAGUGCUAUAAGAAAUCAACUUUGAGUGAGCUAUGUUUUGACUGCAAGACAUCUGGACUGAUCUACAUUCAGUGGUGGGCCAUUUAACAUAAAAUAUUUCAAACAAGUAAACGAAUGGCGAUCCGAUGACGUAUUACUCGUUCACUACAUUUUAUCCAAUAGCUUCCGUAGCCAUUGUUUCUUGUUCACUUCUUCCUAUGCUACACAGUAGAUAACCGGUCUUUUUAAACUUUGGAUGUCUCAUUUUGUUUCUUUAGGAACUGCAUUUUCGGAUGAAUUACCGAAACAAUCCAGUUGCCAAUUAUGAAAAACUUAUGUAGCCCUGAACUUUUGUGAGUUUCUUCUGAUCUAGUUUCUGCCAUUUAAACAAUUUUUACUGAGCAUAUAUUAUCCCAAAAUAAUGGUUUUACUUUGAUUACGUAUAACCUUACUCAUAGGUUUUAUAUUUGUAGAUUCCAAACUAAAUAAGCUUGAAAUGAUUAAUAACUGUCAAGGCUAUUUAGUUUGUAAUUAUUAUUAUUCACAUACAGCUUGUGGGUACAUAAGUGUUGUAAGGAAGCUAUUUCGGGUUUCCUCAAAAAUGCAAUGAUACACAAGUUUCAAUAUUGUUAGCAUAAUAUUUAGAAUAUUUAAAGCUACAGGAUCUGUGCAACUGAGUUGUUUUUAAAGAAGUAAAACAAGAAAAUAGGGUAAUAGUAAUAAAGGAAACUCGAAAUAUUUAAACAAUAUAAUAAGCGCGUUUGUGAAAACAGAACAAGGAUAACUGAUUAUCCGUGAAUCGUCAUAUGAAUCCC